CCUCACUCGUGCACAGACAGAGGGGAAAAAAAGUGGGUGUAUGCACUCUAGUUGUGUUGUGCUGUGCUGUGUGGCUCCACUACAGCGCUUCAGUUGCGAUGAGCUCACGCGGGCGAUGCGCACAGCGUUGCUCUCUGCCAAUGUGAGAAGGCGCAAUAAGGACGGCGAGCAGCAGGCUGGAAGGCAGCGGGAAGAGUGUGGAUGCCUCUGUGCAAACGCGGCUGGUUUGUUUUCCCUCACAACUCAAACUAAGCAGAGAGACGCGUAAAAGGAUCGUGCGCACAUUCGCCUCUCGUUGGAAAGACUCAGUGGAUAUCUAGUUUGUCUGGAUGGAAGAAAAUCCACUCCUGUGUCGCCGACUGGACUGGACUGGACUGGACUUGUGGCUGAUGAGAAGAAGCCCACUUUAAGAAACACACUGCUGCUCGUUUCCCCCUUCUUUUCUUUCCCUUUGUUUUUUUUUUUUUUUAUCCUCCUCCACCUGCUUCAUAAAAUGUCAGGAUUCCGUCGGUCCAGUUCAAGCCAGGCUGCUCAUUUGGAAGGACGCCAGACCUCCAUCCACUUAAAUCUGCAAGUUCAGUCCAAUAAAUUGUGACAUUGUCUGUCAGCUUUGGAAUAAGAAAUCGAUACGCGAGAAAAGGAACGCGGGAUUCUUCCGGAAUUUUAACGAUCUGUUUCACCUCCCGCACACACACACACACACACCAUCGUCCUUAUAAAUAUGCGAUUCGGUUGGAUUAGGUUGUUUUGGUCCAGCUUCACGCUUUUGCAGCUGGACCGGCGCCGCUGAUAGUGACUGAUUAUUGCCGUUGAUUUUUUUGUCAAUGCAAGACUCGCGGUGGAAACAUGUCUGUCCACUUCUUUGAGAGGAUCACUGCUAUCAGAGAUGGCAUUUUGGUCCAGCACUUCGGUUUUCACCACUAAAGUGCCCCGGAAAGUCUUAUUCAUGUUCACCCUCUCCCUCUCUGUCACUUACUUGUUCUACAGCUUGAUGAGCUGCUACAACUCGCUGCAGUUCCCCCUGCAAGAGAACUACGUGUAUCAAGGCAGGCUGGUGACGGAGGAGACAACUUUUGUGACAUUGAGGGAGAAACUUUACUCCGCUUCCCAGGGCUUCACCGAGUUCACCGAGGCGGAGAGGAGCACCGCGGUCUCCACCGUGAAGGAUCAUAAUGCCGAGGCCGAACAGAGGACAGUGGAGUGGAUUAGGACGCAGGCGGCUCCCACUAAUUCGGCGGCUUUGGCGGCAGCGUAUCACACCACCGCGCUGGAGAGGGAGCGCCAGGAAUUCAGCACCACGGACAGCGAACUCAGGGUGAACUGCACUUCGGAUUACGGAGAGAAGAAACUUCCCCAAGCCAUCAUCAUCGGCGUGAAGAAAGGAGGGACCAGAGCCUUGCUGGAGGCGCUCAGGGUUCACCCGGACGUCAGAGCCGUUGGAAACGAGCCACAUUUCUUUGACAGGAACUACGAGAAAGGGCUGGACUGGUACAGGGACCUGAUGCCUUCGACGCUGGAGGGCCAGAUCACCAUGGAGAAGACGCCCAGCUACUUUGUGACUAACCAUGCCCCAAAGCGCAUCCACUCCAUGGCCAGGGACAUCAAGCUAAUUAUUGUGGUGCGUAAUCCAGUCACCAGAGCCAUUUCAGACUACACACAGACUUUGUCCAAGAAACCCGAGAUCCCCACUUUUGAGGUUCUGGCUUUUAAGAACCGGACGCUGGGUCUUAUAGACGCCUCAUGGAGCGCGCUGCGUAUUGGAAUAUAUGCUCUCCACCUGGAGACCUGGAUGCAGUAUUUCCCUCUCUCCCAAAUGCACUUUGUUAGCGGGGAGAGGCUGAUCGUGGACCCUGCAGGCGAGAUGGCCAAAGUGCAAGACUUCCUGGGACUGAAGCGCAUCGUCACGGACAAACACUUUUACUUCAACAAAACAAAAGGGUUCCCCUGCUUGAAGAAGCCGGAGGACAGCAGCACUCCCAGAUGCCUUGGCAAAUCUAAAGGGAGAACUCACCCGAAAAUUGACCCGGACGUGAUUCGGCGGCUGCAAAAGUUCUACAAACCCUUUAACAUGAUGUUCUACCAAAUGACCGGCCAGAACUUUGAAUGGGAGCUGGAGAUCGACAGUGAAUCUCGCAGCUCUCGGGACUAG